CGGACAAGCACACACACCUGCAGGUUCACCGUGCAGUGACUGUUUCACCGCUGACAGCGACCACGCGGGUCCGGGCGCAGGCUGGUUGAUGCAGGACUGACCGAGUCCUGAGGUCUCUACUGGACUGACCGACUCCUGAGGUCUCUGCAGGACUGACCAACUCCUGAGGUCUCUACAGGACUGACCGACUCCUGAGAUCUCUACAGGACUGACCGAGUCCUGAGGUCUCUACAGGACCGACCGAGUCCUGAGGUCUCUACUGGACCGACCGACUCCUGAGGUCUCUACUGGACCGACCGACUCCUGAGGUCUCUGCAGGACCGACCGAGUCCUGAGGUCUCUGCAGGACCGACCGACUCCUGAGGUCUCUACUGGACCGACCGAGUCCUGAGGUCUCUGCAGGACCGACCGACUCCUGAGGUCUCUACUGGACCGACCGACUCCUGAGGUCUCUGCAGGACCGACCGACUCCUGAGGUCUCUACAGGUGUGACAGAGUCCUGAGGUCUCUACAGGUGUGACCGAGUCCUGAGGUCUCUACAGGUGUGACAGACUCCUGAGGUCUCUACAGGACUGACCGAGUCCUGAGGUCUCUACAGGUGUGACAGAGUCCUGAGGUCUCUACAGGUGUGACCGAGUCCUGAGGUCUCUACAGGUGUGACAGACUCCUGAGGUCUCUACAGGACUGACCGAGUCCUGAGGUCUCUACAGGUGUGACAGAGUCCUGAGGUCUCUACAGGUGUGACAGACUCCUGAGGUCUCUACAGGUGUGACAGAGUCCUGAGGUCUCUACAGGUGUGACAGACUCCUGAGGUCUCUACAGGUGUGACAGAGUCCUGAGGUCUCUACAGGUGUGACAGACUCCUGAGGUCUCUACAGGUGUGACAGACUCCUGAGGUCUCUGCAGUGUGUCCCAGUGAUGAGGUCCCCUAACUUCUUCCUCUGGUUCCUCUUCCUGCUGGGAGUAGGAUGUCUGCCGCUGCUGCUCCACCUGGAAUACCUCAACAACACCUUCAGGCAGCUGAGAACAGUCCCAACAGAUUCAACUCCAGACUCUGCAGCCCGGUCUCCCCAGACCCAAACCCAGACCCAGACCCCCACAGAUGACGCGGCCCUGGAAACUGAAGAAGGAGGAGAGCUGGUCACAGAACAGGAGGACGAGGCAGACGAUCCAACAGCCUCACAUAUCUCCUCUCUGAUCGCAUCUCUUAUGACGAGCAACACCACUCCUCUCGUCACAGAACGUCUGAAAAACACCUCUGCAGGUAACAGCACUCCUACUGGAUGGGAGGAGGGACUGCAGCAGCUGGUGCUGAAGCAGGAGUUACGGCACCAGGUGCUGGCCAACAUCUGCUCCAAAUACCAGCUGGGCUCCUGGGACCAGGUUGUCUCCAAAACACACAUGUCUAUGAUCCAUGUGGAGGACCAGUCCAGGCUGCUGUACUGUGAGGUUCCCAAAGUCGGCUGCUCCAACUGGAAGCGGGUGCUGAUGGUUCUGGCAGGCCGAGCCACCUCUGUACUCAACAUCCCUCAUGUGACGGCACACUUCAAAAACAAACUGCGGAAACUGGAGGAAUACGGCCCAAAGGGCAUCAACCAGAGGCUGAACACCUACACCAAGGUGCUGUUUGUUAGGGAUCCUUUUGAGCGACUGGUGUCAGCAUAUCGAGACAAGUUUGAGAAUAAAAACGAUUACUACCAUUCUCUGUUUGGACGGCCCAUCAUCUCCAGGUACCGCGCCAACCCCUCACAAGAAGCCCUGCGCACCGGUGAUGGUGUCACCUUCAGGGAGUUUGUGCACUACCUGCUGGACCCGCAACGUCCAGUGGGGAAUGACAUCCACUGGGCAAAGAUGAGCACUCUGUGUCCACCUUGUGUGAUCCAGUAUGACUUCAUCGGCAAGUUUGAGAACAUGAACAGUGAAGCCAACUUCCUGCUGCGGAGCAUCGGAGCACCACAGAACCUCAGCUACCCCGACUAUAAGGACAGAAACCCUGAGGACGAGAGGACGCACUCCUCCAUCAUGAAGAAAUAUUUCUCCCAGCUGAACGCCACUGAGAGGCAGGGAGUCUACGACUUCUACCGCAUCGACUACGAGAUGUUUGACUUCCCCAAACCCCUCCAAGACCUGCACUAAGAACAAUGCUCUGAAGCCAUGUUGAACCUGGACCUCUUAAACAGCUGGACUCCUGGGAGCUCUCUAUUUACCCAUAAUGCAGCUGGUGUGACAGGAACAUGGCAUCCUGUUUGGUUUUAUUCUGAACAUACCUGACACCCCCCUGUGGACGUAAAGAUGUACUACAGUGUGUAUUUUCUUUGUCUUUUAAAGCCAUGAGGAGUGGAGCUGUUGGGUCUCUGACUCAAGGGAUUUGUCAAAUGUUUCACAUUUUCUAGUUUGAGAGAAAAGAAGCACCUUCAGCUUUGUUCCCUGUAAUGACUUCUGUUACAGUUUACACGUCCACAUUAAGAUGCCAGAUGAGCAGGAAGUCAGAGACAAAGUUUCACUGAACGGCUUCAACAUCAUUUAAUAGAAGUCUUUUUCCUCCAGACUCUGAACCCGAGCUGAAGGUUCACUUUGAGACACUGCAGUUUGAGUGUGAAACAGAAGAGGACGUGUUUCUCCUUCCUGUUUCGUAAUUUUCUCUUCACAAAAACUGUGUGUUUACAACCGUCUGUUACGAAGAGGAAGAAUUAAAGUUAGUCUUUUUAUUGAUCAGUCCUGAUGACCUUUGGACGACCUUGACGCCUUAACACUGCCAUCUCACCUGCAGCUUGACACCUGGGUUUGUGAUUAACAUACUUUACAUAAUGCUCGUCUGUUUAUAUCCUCAGAGAUGAGUUGAUUCAAACUGUUGUUUUCAAACUGCAGAUAAACAAGAAUCACAGAAAAGAUUAUUGGUUUGGGUUGUGGAGGUUGAACAUUUGACACAUUUAAAGAUCUGAUGUUUGUUUCUUACAUUGUAAGUUCUGAUUG